AUGACAGAGAAAUACAAUUCAUCUCAGGCUUUCUCGGGAAGCCAUCUUUCGCCAAUCUCCUCCCCUGCCCCCUCUUUCCGAACACCGGAACGAUCGCAUACACCAAAUCGAUGGAGCGGCCAGUCCUUUGGUCAACCUUCUGUCUCUUCAGUCUCUACAGCUACUUCCGAAUUGCAGGACGUUUCUUAUAAUCUGACCACCGAAGAUUUAGAGCCGACUUUCCAUCCUAGGUUUGAGACUGAAUUACCUAUUGAGGACGCCGAGGAUGCAGAUGCUGAAGAAUUCGAGGGGCCUUUCCUGGGCUGUUCACAUUAUAAAAGGAACGUCAAACUCCAAUGCUUUGAUUGCAAGAAGUGGUAUACUUGUCGCUUUUGCCACGAUGAAGUCGAAACCCAUCAUCUUAAUCGUCCGAAAACAGAGAACAUGUUAUGCAUGUUAUGCAGUCAUGCCCAACCAGCCGCCCAGUAUUGUAAACGGUGUGGAGAAACAGCCGCGCAGUACUACUGUGCCACAUGUAAACUUUGGGACAAUGAUGCUAGUAAAAGCAUCUAUCAUUGCAACGACUGUGGCAUCUGUCGCAUAGGAAAGGGUAUAGGGAAGGAUUUUUUUCACUGCAAGACUUGCAGUGUCUGUCUUCCUGUUUCGAUAGAGACAACACAUAAGUGCAUUGAACGGUCAACACAGUGUGACUGCCCGAUAUGCGGAGACUACAUGUUUACUUCACCUGAGACGGUUGUUUUCAUGCGAUGCGGCCACAGCAUUCACCAACGGUGUCUUUCAGAGUAUUCAAAGUCAUCGUACCGCUGCCCAAUAUGUAGCAAGACGAUCACGAAUAUGGAAGCAACGUUCCGAAAUUUGGAUAGGACUAUUCAAAGCCAACCAAUGCCCGUUGAUUUCAAGGACACUAAAGCCAUUAUAACCUGCAAUGAUUGUGGCACAAAGUCGGUCGUUAAAUACCACUGGCUUGGCUUGCGGUGUGAUAUGUGCGAAUCGUAUAAUACAACUCAACUAAGUGUCCUCCAAGGGGAUUCCCCGGGCUCGUCAGAGCAAAAUAUCGAGGGUGAGGUUUUCGAAGCUUCAAGACUGAGGUCAUCUUCUCAUGGCGCGGAUGAUCCGGCGCUAUCUUAUCUGACGCCAUUGCAAAUUGACCCCAGCUCGGCACCAGGAGCAGGUGCACACCCCCAAUUCAACUCAUCCGGGCAAUUCCAUUCUUAUAACCUUACCCGUGGCCGCGCAAUCUCACCUGUAAUCAGCAACUAUUUCGGUAUACCUCCUGACCGUCAUUCACAGAGGUCCACAUCCACCUCACUCUUUGGAGGUCGGUUAAAUCAGAAUGAUGAAAAUGAUGGUAAUGGCGAGCUUAGCAUUUGGGGCACUAGAUUCAAGUAUAGAUAUGGAUUUCUCAGCAGAGUUACGGACCCAGCGGACGAUGAUGAAGAGGUCGACGAAGUUUCAGACUCUAGUGGCUCCGAUAAUAAAAAUGAGGGCGAGGAUGAUGAGGAUGAAGACGAGAGCAUUGAUAUAUUCGGGCAUCGAUGA